ACAUUGACUUGGCAGAAAAGCAGCGAUGACUACGUUUCCCAGAAUGCAACAUAACUCGGCGUAGUUUUGCACAUCCUGUUAGCUUGAGAGGAUAGCGGACGAACGGGCGGAAAAAAGAGAUACCGAUGUUUUAAUAUAAAAGUGGUGCAUUAUUGCUCAUGAACGUAAUAUUCUGGAGUGCCCAAGAAGCAUAUUAGGAAGACGAAAAUGAUCCGCUUUAUCCUCAUCCAGAACCGAGCAGGGAAGACACGAUUGGCUAAAUGGUACAUGCAGUUCGAUGAUGACGAAAAGCAGAAACUGAUCGAAGAAGUGCAUGCUGUGGUUACAGUCAGGGAUGCCAAGCACACCAACUUUGUGGAGUUCAGGAACUUCAAGAUCAUUUACCGACGUUAUGCAGGCCUGUACUUCUGUAUUUGUGUGGAUGUGACUGAUAACAACCUGGCAUACCUCGAGGCGAUCCACAACUUUGUUGAGGUGCUGAAUGAAUAUUUUCACAAUGUGUGCGAACUGGAUCUUGUGUUCAACUUCUACAAGGUGUACACGGUGGUGGACGAGAUGUUCCUGGCAGGAGAGAUCAGGGAGACCAGUCAGACCAAGGUUCUCAAGCAGCUCCUCAUGCUCCAGUCUCUUGAGUGAAAAUGUGUCCUUCCUGUGCUUUUUAUCUUCUGCCCAACCCGACCUUCACCAUGUCCCUAUCACUCUGGAAGAACCACACCAUUCUCCAUGCCCCUGCAGAGCCAGCUCUCAUCUUCAAGACAAGGAGGGAGGGGGUUGUUUUGAAUAAAAAUACACAAUAUUGUUUACGUAUGGAUAUGAGUUCAGCUGUUUGCCAUAGCAGCCCAUAUGUUGCAUUAUUCUGAUAAACUGCUAUAGAUGUCAUCAACAAGCCUACAGUCUCAGUAGAUUUUAACAUUUCAAAUAGUCCUGCCAAUGUUAUGAGCUUUGUAACUAACUGCAGAAAAGAGUUGUUUCAUGUUUGCAUUUAUCCAUGUUCACUGUGGAAAUCAGUGUGAGACUGCUCUCUGUCCCAGUAACCUAAACAUUUACUCAAUGGCACUACUGUAACUAACAAGCACCAUAAAAAUAAACUGCAGAUAGACCCGAGAACCCCCAACAGCUCCGUAGUUGUUUCUAGACGUCCAGUGUUGUGGGUUAUCUCUGCUGAGUCCCAGCCCACCAGCGGACUACAAGUAGGAAGCUCUUCAGAGCCGUUGACCCAGCAGAGAAAGUUCAUCCCAGAAUGGAGCGUACUCGGGAUGAGGAGCGUUUCAGUGGGGUGUUAUGGUGACCGGUGACGAGAGAGAAAGUUAUGUUGGAUUUGUUCAGCUUUGCUUCCAAUUACAUCAAAUGGUGCUUGUUCCCUCUUAAAACACUUAAAUACAAAGAAAACCUGGACAGAGUCAGUUUUACAUGAAGUGGAACUUUUGCUUUGCGUUGUGUUUGUAUACACACACACACACACACACAAAUAUUUAGCAUCUUAUGUCCAGUACUGUGUAAAAAAAAAAAAAACAGCUCCUAAUCAUCUUGAGAUUCAUACAUUCCUUUGAUGUUUAUUUGCCUAAAACCAUAACAUGGAUGUAUGGUGGAUGGAAAUCUGCUUUAUUCAUACAGGGGUUAAAUGUUUUAUCAACAUCCCAUGAUCUAAUUUUAACCAUAUCCAGUCAGAUAAUCUGAAACUACUUAUUUCUUAUGAAAUAGUAAUGACCUAUAUCCUGUUUCCCUUGUGAGUUAGCUGGUGGAACAUGUGUUACAGUCUAUUCAACACCUAUUUGUCCAGUUUUGUGUAAAUAAACAGAUUAAGUGAU